AUGGCCACUGACAAACUAUACGGAGGAGCAAUUGAAAUUGCAAAAUUACCACCCUCGUUCAUAGACGUAUCCACAAUCCGUCAAGUGCCAGAUACGCAAGAGGUAUUCAUCCACCAGAUCCCCGACGACGCAACGACAGAAUCCGCAGUAUGCUACGACCAGUCGCUCAUAUUUGACUUGUUGGAGCAAGUCAGCUCAGUGGACUACGCCAUGGCCAUAGCGGAACACAUGCAAGAUAUAGCGCCUGCAAACGUUGAAAACCACUCAGUUCAACAAGUUGAACUCGAAGGGAUCAAGCGAUAUUUCAGCUAUGUUUCGUUCAAGCCUGAAUAUAAACGACAAGAGGCGCAGGGACAGGCUCAGUGGAUCAUUUUGCUUAUAUGUUUGAUUCGAUUGACUUCUGUUGAGACUGACGUCGUUGUGCAGUAUAAUAUACCUUUCAAGAGCGAGGAUGGGGUUAAAGAUGUAGAGUUUGGGAAACUUGUACAAGAAGAAAACGCCGUGAAAGAUGGAAAAGAUGGACAAAAAGAGGAGAAUGAGAAGGGAAAGAGUCAAGUUGAAAAGUUGGUUCUUGAAAAUUACCGGUUCUUUAAAAAUACAUGCGAAUCAUUUAAAGUUGUUGAAUGGGAUCUAUUUGCCUAG